AUGUCUUCGUCCCAUCAAAACCCUGUUUUCUUCUUCUUCCUCUUCUUUGAACUUGUCUUCUUCUGUGCCGCUACAAGAGCUUCUGGAUGCAACCAGACGUGCGGCUCCGCUACUGUCUCCUACCCCUUCGGCUUCUCCGAUGGAUGCGGAAUCCGGCUGAACUGCUCCGCCGCCGGGGAGAUGCAACUCAGCGGACACCGGAUCAGGGUCAUCACACAUGAAACCAUCAUCUUGGACGUGCAGCCGGUCUGCGACCGAUCCAUCCUCGCUGUCGAAGGGCUCUUCCGGAGCCACUACGCCAUGACGUCGAGCAACACGCUGUUCCUGCGGAACUGCAGCUCGCAGAGGGACUUCGGGUGCAUCAUCUCCACCGAGAAAAUGUCCCGGCGUCUCAACGUGACAAGUUGCGGGCUGCAGGGCGACGACACCAUCUGCUACUCCAGCAGGAAAACGGGCGGGUUCCUCUCCUGGGAGGAGCUUACGGAGGCCACCGCCGGGUGCGAGUUCAUGUUCGCGUCGGCGAGGUACGGGGGAGACACCUUCAGCAAGCCGUCGCUCGUGUUCGGAGAGGCCGAGACCGGGUGGUGGCUCAACGGAGAGUGCCGAUGCGCGACAAACGCCAACUGCAAGCGCCUCGACACGCCGGUCUCCGGGGGGAGUACGGGCUUCCGUUGCAGCUGCCACGAGGGGUUCGUCGGGGACGGCUUCGCCGACGGCGCAGGUUGCGCGAGAGGCGUCCUUGCCGCAGUCUCUCUGAUGCUUGGCGUGGCAUUCUUCCGCGAGUACAUCCGACGCCUGUCCACCGCCUCCAGAGGGAAGCAAAUCACCCGACGCCUUCUCUCUCAAACAUCCUGCACCGUCGCCACCUUCUCCCUCAAGAACGUCGAACGCGCCACCAGCAACUUCGCCGGCACCUCCGUGCUCGGCGCCGGCGCCUACUCCACCGUGUACGUCGGAAAACUAUCCAACGCCGGCCUCGUCGCCAUCAAAAGGCUCAAACACGACGACGUCGACCUCAUCAUAAACGAGAUCAAGCUCGUCUCCUCCGUCAGCCACCCCAACGUCGUCCGCCUGCUGGGCUGCUGCAUCGAGAGCGGCGAGCACAUCCUGGUGUAUGAGUUCAUGCCCAACGGCACUCUCUCCCAGCACCUCCGCCGGAAGCGAGGCGACGGCUUGUCGUGGCACGCUCGCGUCUCCAUCGCGGCCGACGUCGCCACGGCCGUCGCGUACCUCCACACGGCCGUGCAACCGCCGAUCUACCACCGUGACGUCAAGUCCAGCAACAUUUUGUUGGAUUACGACCUGAGACCGAAGCUGGCGGACUUCGGGCUCGCGACGCCCGCCAUGGUGGAGUCAUCCAACGCCUCGACUGUGCCGCAGGGGACGAUGGGGUACGUCGACCCGCAGUGUCACUGUAACUUCCACCUCUCGGAUAAGUGCGACGUGUACAGCUUCGGGGUGGUCCUGGUGGAGAUGAUAACGGCCAUGAAGGUGGUGGACUUUGGUCGAGCAACGAGCGAAGUGAACCUGGCGGCGCUGGCGACGGACAGGAUAGGGAAGGGGAUGGUGGAGGACAUCGUGGACCCGUUCAUCAAAGGUGACUGGGAUGAUCGGACGAGGGCUUCGGUGCAGGAGGUGGCGGAGGUGGCGUUCCGGUGCCUCGCCUUCUACAGAGAGGCGAGACCGUCGAUGGCGGAGGUGGCAGAAGAGCUGGAGAGGAUUAGGAUCGAGGACCGUCGGUCGGCCGUGGAGAAAGCACGAUAG